AUGUCUCCACAUCAAAAACAGUGGCUUAUGCUGCCAUGGCUGCUGCUAGCAGCUUGGGUUCAGCCCAGCUAUAGCUCCGCUCUCUACGCCUACGCUACCGAUCGAACUACCCAGGUCGGAAUCCAAGAUACUGCUACGGGCAAGAUCUUUUACAGCAACUGCAAUAGCGAGGAUACGCCGAUUUUCCCUCUCGAUAAGCCGAAUGUUCUCGAUACCGAAAAUACACCGCGCAAUGGUACCGCGCUGGCAGGAGUCGGCUGGUGGGAUAACACAAAGAUCAUUGCAUCUAUUUUCUGGCAAUCAGAGGACAGCGUCAUCGUCAACGGAUACUACGAAUGCGACAUGAAGUCGGGAACACUCAACAAAGUCGGCGAGUACACCAUCUCAUUGACCGCCGAGGUCGACACCGUCCACAAGGAAUCAGGUCUUGCUGUUGACCUGCUUGGAGGCGGCGAAGAUGACGGAUAUCGUGUCUUCUACCACAACGCCGACAAGCAAAUUAUGAUGAUGAAGUAUACCGACAACACCAACUGGAUCGAUGGAGGCAUCGUGUCGCAGGACACCGCAGAGGGAAUCGCCAUCGGUACUGUCUGGUACGACGACAAGAACGCCAAGAACAUGACGGUGGCUUUCCCCAAGGGUAAAGAUAACAUUGAGACAAGUCGCACGCAAAAGAGUGGCAAGUGGAAGCUCGCUGCUUUCCCUCAAGAAUUGGCAGGUAACUACACGAACAACACAGCCACGGCCAAGAUCCGCUUGAGUUCCACCGAAGCCGACUACUCUCUACCCGGAUGGAACUCGUCCAUCAAGUCAAUCGGUAUGGCCACGGACCGAUCAAAGACCCGAAGUCUCUUCUACAUCGGCGAUGACAACGUCCUCCGCGAAGCCAUCGCUAUCCAAAACGACUGGCAAAUCACACCCAACCGAUCCGAGAGCACCUGGCCUCUGGCCGACGACCCCAGUUCCGAUAUAGCAGUUGCGUACCAGCAAAGCAGAGGCAUGACGUGGAUCUACUACUGGUCCAACGGAACUAUUAUCCAGGCACACAAGAACAUUUCCAACGAAUGGGAGGAGUACACAGUGUUGCCACAAACACUGCCCAAGAACGAGACUGGAUCGGGCAACAAGGACGAUUCAGGAGACGACGACUCCAAGCCUGCCGAGACUGGAGGUUUAACCACGGGUGCCAAGGCUGGACUCGGUGUUGGCGUCGCCGCUGGUGUCAUUGCUGUCGGUGCUUUGGCCUGGUUCUUUAUGAAGCAACGAAACAAGCACGCUCCUGUUGCUCAGACUGAAGAGACAUAUAUCCCCGAAGCAGCCGGCACUCCAAUCACGUCUCCUCCUCCAAUGCAUGAGAAAGAUACAUACAAGGCUGGUGAUGUGACGUCGCCGUCGGAGUUGAAUGGUGACGGUCGGCCUGCCGAGUUAGAAAACCCUCAGGUAUUUUACGAAUUGCCAGGAAACCAUACAAGAUAG